GCGAGCGCUGCUGCGUCUCUACGCACAACCAGACGGAGCCGCCACUGCGGAGCUCCAGCCCAGCUCCCUGAGCAUCCGUCCGGCGCCCCUCGCUUUCCACGCUGCGCCAUGGCCAAGGCCACCAGCGUCUGGUCGGACCUCGUCCUCGUCUUCUGCUUCGCCUGUGUCCUGCCCUUGGGCCCGGCGAGGGUGGCAGCAGGUCUCUAUAACCUUAGUCUUACUACUGAUGGUCCUGCUACCAUGGGCACCGAAGUGACCAUCUCAGCCAGCCUGGUGGUCAAGGACAAUGGCAGCCUGGUCCUGCCUGCAGAUGCCCACCUCUACCGUUUCCACUGGAUCCACACGCCUCUGACACUCACUGCCAAGACUGAGAAGAAUCUAACCUCGACCAUCCGCGUGGUGGGCAGUGUGCCCGGGGACUUCCCAGUCUCUGUCUGGGUCACUGCUGUAGACUGCUGGAUGUGCAAGCCGUUAGCCAGGAGUGCUCUGGUUCUCCCCAUUAAAGAGUCCCUGGUGGGAAACCUAGUCGUUACCCAGAACACCUCCCUGUCUUGGCCGAACUCCUACAUCACCAAGAGAAGCCUUAGACUGUCCUUUCUCCUCCAUGACCCGAGCGACUUCUUCAAGUCAGCUUCUUUCUUCUACCGAUGGGACUUCGGAGACGGGACCAUGUUGAUAACGGACAACUCUGUGGUGUAUUACAACUAUUCGAGCCCUGGAACCUUCACGGUGAAAGUCAGGGUGGUGGCAGAAUGGGAGCAGAUAAAGCCAGACACCACGAAGGGCAUCAUACAGAAGACUGGUGACUUCUCAACAUCUUUAAGGCUGCGGGAGACACUUCAAGGCAUCCAGAUUUCGGGGCCCACCCUCAUGCAGACAUUCCAAAAGCUGACAAUGACCAUGAACUUCCUCGGGAGCCCACCUCUGCAUGUGUGCUGGGGCCUCAAGCCGCAGUGUCUCGCACUGGAGGACAGAGAGUGCCACCCUGUGUUGCUGACCCGGACGUCGUUUAACCUGACCCACGUCUUCCAGGACCCUGGGGACUACUGCUUCAUCUUCCGUGCCGAGAAUGCUAUCAGCAAGGCUCACCAGUACCACAGGAUUCAGGUGUGGCCCUCCAGCUUCCAGCCUUUUGUCUUUGCUUUCCCGUGUGCCACACUGAUCACCGUGUUGCUGGUUUUCGUCAUGUACAUGACUGUGCGGAGUGCUGCUAACCAGAAGGACGUAGUGGAGAGCCCGGAGGCCACUGGGCUCAAGUGUUGCUGCCAGGUAUGCUGUGGAUCCCUCUUUCUGGACACCCCGUCCGAGUACCUGGAAAUCGUCCGAGAGAACCACGGGCUGCUUCCCCCGCUCUACAAACCUGUGAAAACUUACAAUGUGUGAUCUCCCGCCCUGUAGCUCUCAGUAUUCGCCGAUCACCCGUUGGGAGCCUCGGGCAGGGUAGCCUAUGCUACCGAGCAGAAGGGGUUUACACAGGUGUGACCGUUUGCCCAGACUGGUCACCGAUCUGUACAGUCCAGCUGUCGUCAUCCGCCCUUUGUGUCACCUCCCGGCUGUCAUCCACUCAUCCGUACAGUGUAGUUAGUGCUGUGAGCUUUUCCCAGUCACCCUCUCCCCACCCCCACCAAGCAGGAUUCUGGUCUUUGGUGUGUUGUGUUAAGAUUCUCCCAAGUGGGUCUGGCUGCCCCUUGCCCACUGCUCUCGUGUCAGCACGUCUGUUGCUGACUGGGUAUUCAUGAGACCCCUGGCAAUGCAGCUCUGCCCGAACCAGGAGGAAUGAGGAAGGAAGUCACAGGUGGUUAAGGAUAGAUAGCGAAAGAGAACACAAGCUGAGAUGGGCACCCUCACAAGCGAGGAAGGACAGACAUGGAUGAGACGGAGCACCCCAGAUGGUUUGCUGUGUGUCUGUAAGGCUUGUUUGCUGGGGUGGACUUGAACUAGACCUCAAAGGUGGGGCCCGAGCCCAGCCUCACACUCCCUCUGCCCUUUGUCUCUAGAGUUCCAUUACCAGGGGGUAUGGGGGCAGAACGAACACCCUGUGAAUACAGAGUGCUUUUUAAGUGGAUUCUCUUUCAUUGAGACCCGGAAGGUCAAUGUCCACCAAGGAAAAAGUGAUUGGGGCAAAUAGAAGGGUCAAGCUAGUGAGGACUUAGGAGAGCAGCCUUGUACUACUGAGUCUUGAUGUCUGUGCUUGCGCUCUCUCUCUCUCUCUCUCUCUCUCUCUCUCUCUGUGGUGUGUUGUGUUGUGACAUCUUACCCACUCAGUUACUCCCAAGGUAGCAGAAGGAAAAAAAAAAGCAGGAGGCAGAGGAUGCCUUGAAAGACAAUAAGGAGAAGCCUGGUGUGGUGGUGCAAACCUUUAAUCCCAGCAUCGGGGAGGCAAAGGCAUGUAGAUAUCAGAUAAGAGUUCCAGGACAUCCAGAGACACCUAGGGGGUUCCUGUGUCAAAAAAAGGAAGGAGGGAGGGAGGGAGGAAGGAAGAAGGGAGCAAAGAAGGAAGGAGGAAGGAAGGAAGAAACAUGGUACAUAGGUAUGAUGUAAGCUUCCAGGCUUACUCGGGUAUCCAGCAUUCAGAGCAGCCUGCACCUGCGGAAAAGGAUGAUCAAGUCUGUGAAGGUAGAUCUCUCGUCAUGGUAACUGUUGGCCCUUGGACAUCCUGCUGAAAUAGUAUUGUCUCUUGUACUGUUCAUUCCCAUGACAAACCUCCAUUAUUCCUGAAUAAAAGCUUCACCAAGCACA